GUUUUGCACACAAUAGAUGUGUAUAAAGUAAUUCUUGCACAUAGUAGUUGAUUAAUAAAUACUUUUUGGAUUGUAUUGUGCACAAUAAAUAUACUUUAGAUGCAUGAUCUUUAAUAGAAAGAAAAAUUAUGCAGUCCCUAAAUCCCUCAAUUACAAAAACUCCAGAUGGCAGAAAGCUUUACAGUCUGAGAUUAUAGCCAAUUUCAUUUGAAUAACAGUUUAAAUGGGUUAGACUUAAUUUAGUAAUACUUAGCUCUUACUUUCUUCAAAGCAUUUUACAACCAUAAAGUAAACAGAAUGGAAUGGUUCCUUUGAAAGGAAAAGAAAUUGAGUAUCCUUUUUUUCAGGUGAGAAAAAAAAAGCUUAAAGGUGUGAGUGGUGCCUUUGGACUAUAUGGUAUCAGACCUUUGGACUUGAUUCUUAUAACCUUAUGUUUACUCCUGGAACAAAAAUGAGGUGUCAUUCAUUUUGAUCAGACAGAAGUGUCAGGGCUCAUAGAAAGAGGGUAGAUUUUAAGUUUCAUUAAAUUUUAGAUCCAGAAAGAAUUUGUUUAAUAUAUUCAUUAUAAACAAGAAAAUAAUAAAUCAUGCAAAUUUUGUGAUUGACCUAAUGUCAGAAGGGACAAGAAAGAUAGCAGCAGUAGCAAAAAUACCCUUCCUCCUUCUAGUUGGAAAUUAUGCUAGCUGGAACACCCACUUGCAAGAGCCAGCAGGUAUACCCCAGCUGGGAAAAAUGCCCAGAUAAAGUGUUGAGGUGGGAGUAGGAGUGAAGGGAUAGGAGGUACUUUGCUCUCCAACUGGUUCUCUACUGACAUUAACAGAAGAAGUGAUUCCCCAAAGCAUCUUGUCCCAAUAGCAGCAACAAGCAGGUAAAUGGCAACUCCAUCAACAAAACUAUUAGAUUAUUCCUCAGCACAUUGUAACUUCACACAAAUAACUAUUCCUCCCAUUUUUCAGGAAGCAUGUUUUUGGGGGGCUGCCCUUUAAAGCAAAUUUUCCCCCUCAGGAAAGGUGAAAGACUGCUAGCAUCCUGCAAAAUGUUCACAAAUCCAGAUAGUGGGUCUUAUUCAAGACCUAUUCAAAAGGAAAUAAAUUUGGAAGGAAGUAGCCAAAUCUAUCACUUGGAGAGCCUACUUUUUCCACUAUGCAGAUUGUUCACAAUUCCCAUCUUCUCCUGUUAUUCUCUCAUUUGCCUUUUGACCAUUUCACUACUGAAAAAAAGUCAACUCUAAUCUAGCAAUGGAAGAAGCUUGAAACUGAUCAUUUCUCUGUGACUGUGUGUUUGUAGAUUUAGGUGACCACUUUUUAUAGAUGUUUUGUACAAGAAAUUCAUGUUUCACUAUUCCUUUACAGCCUCUGGAAAGGGAUUGAGGAGGGAAACCAACACAAUAACAUUGGGGGAUUACAUGUAAUCCCAGGGAAACUGAGAUUUUAACUGUUUGAUUUUUUUUAAUCCUUAACUAGUGUUAUAGGAAGAUAUAGGUUUAAGGUAUCUAUUUCAUUAGUUACAGCAUCUCUUACUAGUCUGUGAAUUAGAUUGGAAUAAAGGUGCUGUAGACCUAUAAGGUUCUAUUACAAAGAGGGAAGAAGGAGGGGACUAAAAAGGAAAAAGAAGUUGAUGGGGGGAGGGCAAGAGAAGGGAGGAGGAGGAGAGUAAAGGAUAAAGAAACUCCCUAAUUACAAGACUUUCUGUGCAAGAUAUUUUUCUUCCUUUCCCAAGUUUGAAGGCUGCUGAAUAAUUCAUGAAAAGCGUGGAAAGGCUGAAUUUACCCAGGGUGAUGAAUAACUGAUCAGGAGUGAGCUGAGAGGAGAGAGACUGUAUCACAUCAGCCACCAUUCCUGCUUUCUCAGUCUAGGGUGCUCUACAGCUCUCAUUUUUCUUUUCAACCAGCUUCCCUUGUGCUCUGCUAUUGUGACUGCAGGAGCUUGCUUGCCUGGGUGGAUCUCUAGGCUGCUAAAAAUCAGAUAGUCUUCCCCCUGGCACUGCUGCCAGCUGGGAAGCUCCUCCUUGCUUAUUGCUGCUGGGGCUGCUGCCAAGCUUUGGACCAUGUGCCCAGUUCCUGAGUAUUGGGGAUCCUCCUGGCACUGAUCCCAGUGGAACUUCUCUGAUGGUGUUUUCCUGGGACCGUAGAUGCUGCUGUUGGGACAAGGUGUUUGGGGGAUCACUUCUUCUGUUACUGUCGGCAGGGGACCAGCCUGACAACAAGGUAUCUCCUGUCCCUCCACCCCCAUUCCCACUCCACCACUCCAUCUGGGUAUUUUUCCCAGCUGGGAUAUACCUGCUGGCUCCUGCAAGUGGGUGAUCCAGCUGGCGUUUCCAACUGGAAGGAGGGAGGUUAUUUUUGUUACUGCUGCUGUCUGAAAGCAGGAACCCUUUUUCCUUGCUCUGUGGAGACAUUUCUGAAGUAGGGACCUGCUACCAGAAAUUACGCUCACCUAGCACAUCGCAGUCUUUCUGCCCCUCUCCGGAUCUCCCACCGAAAUUCAAUUCUUCUACAGCCUUUUGAUUUGGGGAGGGGAGAGGAUGGCCCUCCACCCUUGUUGACCCUACAGGACAGUGUCGGAGGUGAUGGGGCCCUCAGAAAGAAGUCAGAGUUAAAGAACUGGGUGUGAAAGUGGAAGCCAGCAUGACCAACAGCUCCUCCACGUCCACCACCACCUCCAGUGCCGGGGGCUCGCUGCUACUGCUGUGCGAAGAGGAAGGCUCGUGGGCAGGCCGCCGGAUUCCCGUGUCGCUCCUCUACUCCGGCCUGGCCAUCGGGGGGACGCUGGCCAACGGCAUGGUCAUCUACCUGGUGUCGUCGUUCCGAAAGCUCCAGACCACUAGCAACGCUUUUAUUGUGAACGGCUGCGCCGCUGACCUGAGCGUGUGCGCCCUCUGGAUGCCUCAGGAGGCCGUUUUGGGGCUGCUGCCCAACUCCUCGCCCGAGCCUCCAGGGGGGUGGGACGGGGCUGGGGGCAGCUACCGUCUGCUGCGGGGCGGGUUGCUGGGCCUCGGUCUCACCGUGUCUCUCCUAUCCCAUUGCUUGGUGGCUCUGAACCGCUACCUGCUCAUCACGCGGGCGCCCGCCACCUACCAGGUGCUGUACCAGCGGCGCCACACGGCAGGCAUGCUGGCACUCUCCUGGGCACUGGCUUUGGGGCUCGUGCUGCUACUGCCGCCUUGGGCAGCUCCCGCAGGUCGCGUGCCCCCCGAGGUGCACUACCCGGCGCUGCUGGCAGCUCUGGCACUGUUGGCUCAGACGGCGUUGUUGCUGCACUGCUACCUGGGCAUCGUGCGCCGGGUGCGGGUCAGCGUCAAGCGGGUCAGCGUGCUCAACUUCCACCUGCUGCACCAGCUGCCGGGCUGUGCUGCGGCCGCGGCCGCCUUUCCAAGUGCCCCUGGCCCCCCGCACGCACACCCGGUGCCCCAGGCGGCCGCAGCCUCGGCGCAGCCCCUGCCGCCCACUUUGCAUCCGCGCCGGGCACAGAGGCGCCUCAACGGCUUGUCAGUGCUGCUGCUCUGCUGCGUCUUCCUGCUGGCCACGCAGCCUCUCGUGUGGGUGAGCCUCGCCAGCGGUUUCUCGCUGCCUGUCCCCUGGGGCUUGCAGGCGGCCAGCUGGCUUUUGUGCUGCUCUCUCUCCGCCCUCAAUCCGCUGUUGUACACCUGGAAGAACGAGGAGUUCCGUCGUUCUGUGCGCUCGGUGCUGCCCGGCAUCGGGGACGCGGCGGCGGCGGCCGCCGCCGCCACUGCUGUACCAGCAGUGUCCCAGGCACAGCUGGGCACCCGGGCCGCUGGCCAGCAUUGGUGACGCGGUUGCCAGGGCAGCCCAGGCGACGGAGGAGAUGUUGCCCGAUUUCCCACUCCCAGGUCGCCCGCUCCUCCAAAGCAAAACA